AAGUAAAAAGCCCUGCUAAAACCCUAAUCAGAUCAUCUCCUCUCAAACCCUCAAAUUCAUUUCGUUUCUUGAUCUUUCUUCUCCAGCAUCCAUCUUUGAUCUUCACCUUAGCGUUUCCCUUUAAUUUUUUUCCCCAUCUUCCCGCGUAUUCGAGGGACCUCCAUCUUCUUUUUCAUCUCCUGACCAACCAGCUAAACACGCCGACACUAGCGAGCAAUCGUAAUGUCGUCCCCGGGACAUCACGCCGUCGACGUUGAGCAUUCCGAGAGCGUUGGAGAAGCUGGCACGCAGCCCGCCGCCGAGUCCACAUUGGCUGAGAAUCUCCGGGAUCGGCUCACCAUCGCCGGACGCGAGCAAGAUCCUAAUGGUCGGGAGUCAGUCAUUGAGAAUAACACCGAACAGACUCGGGAUGGAGGCUGCCGGCCUAGGUUGGCCCCAAUGUUCUUUAUUGGGACACCUGAUGAUAACCCAAAAGGUGACACGGACAUUCGACAAAACUCAACUAUCGACGACGUUCAUUUUCGGCGAGUAGGGUAUUCUGUGGAGAUUCUUAAGAACUGUUCGUGGUGCAAGGUUAAGCUCCCGGAGAAUGCCGAUGUCUACAUGUACGGGUACGACCUUCGCGCAUACUGCUCCAUUGACUGUCGUAGAAAGCAGAUGGCGUUGGACGGGUAUCACAUCGAAGUUACGAAAACAUCGGACGGUGGGGAUCGUAAAGAAGACCAGCAAAGUAGCCGGUGUCACCUGCUGUAAUAUGCCUAUUCGUGUAUCGAUACAUAAUUAGGGGUCAUAUAUACAUACAUGUACAUGUCGUGGCGUAUCGAAUCGACACUAUCGAAUCCACUUGUAAAUAGACACAGAUCUCCUUCGAA